GCGGCCGGAGGGUGCACGUGACCGGAAACUGUCUGACAGCGCCAGGGAGCACUUCCGGUGUCCUUCCCAAGACUGUCACACAGGAGACACAUCAUGGCUCAAAACUUGAAGGACUUUGCUGGGCGUCUCCCUGCUGGGCCCCGGGGUCUGGGGACCGGUGUGAAGCUGUUGCUGGGAGCCGGCGCUGUGGCUUAUGCCGUAAAGGAGUCCUUGUUCACAGUGGAGGGCGGUCAGAGAGCCAUCUUCUUCAAUCGUAUCGGAGGGGUACAGCCGGACACCAUCCUCUCUGAAGGCCUUCAUUUCAGGGUCCCAUGGUUCCAGUAUCCAAUUAUCUAUGACAUCCGAGCAAAACCCCGAAAAAUCUCCUCUCCAACAGGGUCCAAAGAUCUGCAGAUGGUGAACAUCACGCUGCGUGUCCUCUCUCGCCCUCUGGCCUCGGCGCUCCCCAUAACGUACCAGCGGCUCGGCCUGGAUUAUGAGGAGAGAGUUCUGCCUUCCAUCGUUAAUGAAGUCCUGAAGAGCGUGGUGGCCAAGUUCAAUGCGUCGCAGCUGAUUACACAGAGAGCUCAGGUCUCUCUCCUGAUCCGUCGUGAGCUGACAGAGCGAGCAAAGGAUUUCAAUCUGAUCAUGGACGAUGUGGCUAUCACCGAGCUGAGCUUCAGCGCACAGUACACAGCCGCCGUCGAGUCCAAGCAAGUGGCUCAGCAAGAGGCGCAGCGCGCUCAGUUUCUGGUGGAGAAGGCAAAGCAGGAUCAGAGACAGAAGAUCGUUCAGGCAGAGGGAGAAGCCGCGGCUGCCAAGAUGAUUGGCGAUGCUCUCAGUAAAAACCCGGGAUACUUAAAACUGCGACGGAUUAGAGCGGCUCAGGGCAUUGCAAAGACGAUUGCUCAAUCCCAGAACCGCGUAUAUCUGAACGCAGACAGUCUAAUCCUUAAUCUCCAGGAAGACACAUUCACCAGGUAUAUUCCGUAUUCCCAUCCGUAUUGUCUCUGCUCUGUGUACGAUCAGGUUAUAUCACUGCGGUAAUGUUUUACCUUGGUGGCAGUUGUGUCGUAUCGUAUACACCCCUGCACGCGCUAGUGUGUGUAUAUAAAGGGCUCCUGUAUGUCUUCUGCAAAACGUAAAUCAGACUAAACAGCUUGGACUUAUAUGGAUGCUAGAAUUCCUGGGUGGGGAGACAGCAGUGUUUGUUAUUGUGUAUCCUAUCACAUGACUAUAUUAUUAUACCGCAUUCUACAGUUUAGCCUUACAGGGAGACAGGAUUACUGGGUGGGGAGACAGCAGUCUUUGGUAUCUGGUACCCUAUCACAUGACUGUAUUAUUAUACCUCAAUCUAAAAUUUGGCCUUAUAGGGACACAGGAUUCCUGGGUAGGGUGACGGCAGCGGUUGUUGUUGUGUAUUCUAUCACAUGACUGUAUUAUUACACCUCAUUCUACAGUUUAGCCUUAUAGGGAGACAGGAUUACUGGGAGGGUAUCCGGUAUCUUAUCACAUGACUGUGGAUUAUUACACUUCAUUCUACAUUGUAUGCGAGAAUGUAGCUGGUGACUCGCUAUAUUAUAUCCGUUACAUCGUUAUCAUAAGCGUUAGGAGUCCCCGCGCCUUAUCAGUAAUAUACGUCUAUCUGACGUGAUAUGGGACCAAUUACAAUGACAGGGACACUAACCUCAGAAGUGCUCCAUGCUUACAAUACUAUACUGUGGUGUAAUAAUCGGAAAGCAUUUGAUAUGCCGGAGCUCAGCAUACCGGCGCCGGGAUACCGACAACUAUUCUUCCUCUUUGGGUGUCCACGACAUCCCUGAAGGGGAGAAUAAAUAGCCGUGCCUGCAGCGUGGUGAGCCCGCAAGGGGCUCUUUUGCGCUCGCCCUGCUGCCGGCAUUCCAGUGGUCGGGAACCCGGCUCCGGUAUGCUGGGUGCCGGGAUCCCGAUCGUCGGUAGAACGUAGUACAUCCGUAAUAAUAGUGUGGUGCUGGAUAUAGUGUUGUAGUGUCCCUUGGCACAGUCUAUAAGAAAACACAGAAUGUCAUAUCUGCAAUGCUUUGUCAUAUCUAUGGAUCAGUGACAUCAGGCUCCGCACCUGUGAUGUCACACAUUCCUCGCCUUAGGGCCACUCGUCCAAGCUGUAAGUUUUAUAUAAGAGGGUUUGUUACAUGCAGCAUUAUUAAUCUCUCUCUCUCUCUCUCAUCACCUGGGACAUUGAACAUUGCAGGGGAAGGUAAGCUUGUUUGUAUGGUCAGAAUCCCUGGCCUUUCUCCGUUUACCUGUUAUAACCAUUGGCUGGCUUUGUAUAUCUCUUAUCCUUUCCUAUGUCCUUUCACACCAAGUCUGCCUGAAAUAACAAUUUGCUUCUCUCGGCUGCUGCACAGUCAGACGUAUGUCUGUAUAUCGUUAGUAGAUCUGUAAUACAUCUUUAACGAUCCUUUCUUUCUUUCUUUUUCUUUUUCUCUUUCUUUCUUUCUUUCUUUCUUUCUUUCUUUCUUUCUUUCUUUUUUAUUGAACCAAUGAUUCUCUUGUCUGCGUGACCCCCUGUGUCUGUCCUCCGAUGGCUGCUUCCUCCCUCUGUGUCUCACACUCUUCCUCUCCUUGCAGUGACAGUCUACUGGUCAAACCAGGGAAGAAAUGAUGAACGAUGAACCCCCACCCGCAACCACCUUGUAAUUCCUGUGUCCCUCAAAUUGAACCUGCAACUGGCCUGGCCGCCUCGCUGUGAGUUGGACACAACCCGUGAUGAGAUUACUGGAGUUGAAGAACUUUGUAUUGUCUUGUGUUCCUGGCAGAGAGGGGCCACUGCUACUGUGUGAACUUUAUUAAAAAAGGGAAAAAAAUCA